GCCCUCAGUUCCAGUCCAUCAAACUGAGUUCCUGUCCAUCAAACUCCCUUGCAAGUCUCUGGGUAUACGUCAGCAUCUCUCAGGAAUGGAGCUGUGGCCAUCUGGAAACCACCUACUUUGGCCGGAGCGGGUACCUCCAACUGGGAACACUGGGCAGCGGAUCCUGUCUGCAGCCCAUGCAGGGGUCUCUGAAAAAUCACAGCCAUGGGACAAACAAGAAGAACAAAGCACAUCUUAGACUACUUGAAGUAAAAAUGGAGCAAAACGGAAUGAGCAUGAAUCAACAAUUCUAUUAUUUACUGGCUGUAGGAGUGCCAGCAGUACAUACUGCUGUUGUAACAGCUAGAAGAGUCACCUUCUCAGAAGAGAGACAAUUAAGCUACGCAUUUCAAAGAUGGGCCAAAGUUUAGUCAGCUGUAGGUUUGGAAGUCAUACCAAAGUCCACCUCUACCUGUCAGAGUAACAUCACAAGAAGAAUGUGUACUUACUCAAAGAUUAUUUUAAAGUCCCCCUGCAGAGUAAACAGAUACUUUCCAAUAAUAUGAAUCAAUACCAACUUUUCUGAGCUCAUACUCAAGCUCUAAGGAUUUUAGGAAUGCCACCUUCAAGAUCUAUUUUACCAACAGGUAAAUGCAUUGUUAAUUCACUCAAGCCACCAAAAUCUGCCCAGCGCACAGCAAAAUCUUCCCCUGGAAGUUCUGCAACAGCACUUAACACUGAGUUUUCAUCAAUACCUUCACAUUGAACUCAUUGCAAGAAUGGCCCUUCAAGGACUUCUUGAACCAUCCCUUCUCCCUGAGGACUUCUGCGUAGCUGUAGCCCACUGCCUGAAAGUGAAUCGCCACGUCGGUACAAUCAUGGCUGGUGCUGGUGAUUCCACCAAGGAACAGCCAAGCAUCUAAAGCAUUUAGAAAAGGGUUAGAAAUCUCAUCGGCAUGAGUCCAGGUCCACCAAGAACAACCUUUUCUAGACGGCUGCAGAACUGUAGGAUAUUGAAAGGCUGAGGACGGCAGCAGCAGUUAGAGGGCUGUGCCCAUCAAAACUCCAAUCUACUCUUGCUUACUGCUCCUUCUCACCACUUCACAUGUCCCAAGGACAGCAUCCUGGAGAGACAGCUCAUGGCAACAGGCACAAACUUUAGCCUCCUAUGACCUGAUCAUGCGAGCAAUGAACAGAGACAAGGUAAACAGCAGCAAUGCCAACUGCCAGCUAAGGCACCAGUGAGGACAGCAGGACCAAGUGACUGAGACAAGCAACAGGCAACAGCUACUCACCAACCUGCUGUGACCUUGUGGAGGUAGCACUUGGAGCCUUCCAAGAGCAACAUACCUGACCAUCUUUUCUUCUGUCUCUUUCUCCACAGACAGCGUUUGGCCCCAGGCAAUCAGCAGAAGAGCCAACCUGCUCUGCAGAAAGACCCUCAGCAAGAGGACACAACAAAUACCAACAACAUGUCGCAGAACGACCAGCGUUCCUCUGAGUCGAACGGCUCAGGGGAAAUCUACUACUACUUGUCCAGGAACGUUCCCCAUCCUCGGAUGGUCUGUCACAUGCAAGGAUUAAACAACGCCCCGGUGUGUCUUGUCAGAAGCAUCCUUUCGGGACAACACCCAGAUGCUGCCGACACAGUCACCCCCCAGCAAGAAGCUGAUCAAGAACAUCAUGUGAGAACAGCAACUGGGAACGGCAGGCGCAACGCAUCUGCCACCCACCACCUUCCAAGCCUUGAGGCUUUCCUGCAAAGGGAGCCAGGCACUUCACAGCCCACGGCACAAGGACACGCAGAUGUUCCUGAAAAGAUUCAAAGCAAGCCUACUACACCUGAAAAGCUUUUGAAAAAACAAUCCCAAGCUUCUACACCAUCUUCAACUCGACAGGGAGCCCGCAGUGUGUCUGUCACCCCGCCUUCCUCUCCAUCUGUCAACUUGCGUCCUGGUGCUCAUGUCCAGAACAUGAACGUGGACCUCGGCUACCUGGAUCAGGACAUGAAGGUGCUGGAAAAACUUGGCCAAGUUUUGCAGACAGAUUCGGUUACCCAGAUCCAGAAAUGGUUUGAAACGGCAAGUAUAGAAGAGAAAGGCUUCGUGUACAGACUGAUUUUCUCAAAACCGACUGACAAAGGUGUGCUGAACUCUAAGGAAGGUCCAGCAGAGAACAUGAACACCCAGACUCUGCUACAGCCUCACCCUCUUCCUCGGAGGGGACCAGAAGGGGAUAUGAAUCAGUCCAGGUCUUCAUCCAGGUCAUCAGUGGCGAGUCAAAACAUUAAUCAGGAAAGCAACAAAGAACGUCUUUUGCUCUCAAGGCUGAGGAACACGAGUCCAGCAGAAGCAGACACACUGCUCCCAGGGAAGAACUGCAACUGAGAAAGUGCAAGGGAGACAAGAGACCGUCCUGCCUUCACACUCCAGAAGUCUCACCUGUGCCACAGCCACCCCCAAACAAGAGAUAUCCCCUUUCCACUGGUGGCACUUCACAUAGAAAAAUACGUAAUCUUAGCCUUUAUAUUACAAAGAUAGAUAAAAUAAACAAAUUGUUAAAAUAAACAAAUAAAUAAAUGUUCAUUAUAUUUAGUCCUCAAGUGAUUCAACCAAAUCAUGCUGCAUAGGUACCUGAGAAGUGAGCUAAAUGGAAAAAAGCAGAGAGGCCACUCUUUUUGGCAUCACAUUAAUCUUUUUGUGGGACUCAGCCAAGAGCUCUUGUGAGCAGCCUUGACUCUACAGUCACAGACAUCCUGGGGUAAGAAGAGGGGCACACACACGAUCUGCAGAGAUGCACAUCAAGCCCCUGGCACUGGGGAAAAAAGUGCCCUGGAGUUUCAAAAUCUGGCCAGCAGAGUGACUGCAGAUGUCUGCCUCACAGCAAGCUAGAAAUUGCUUCCAUAUCUCUCAUUAUUACCAGAGAAGCACCACAAAUUGUAGCAUCCGGUGGUGGGAGAUGGGAUAUGGAUGGGACCAACACCAAACAAGUAUUGAAACCACCACACAAAUCUCAAGCCAUUGAAAUAGGGGCCCACAACGACAGAAAUGUAUCUGGAUUAAGGACACAGCAUGGGAAAUACACCAGAGUAUUUCAGGAUCAGAGUGAAACACAGCACAAGAACAAGACCAUUCGGGAUGCUGGCUAAGGCAGCGGUGAGGACAGGUGAUUGAGACAAGCAACAGGCAACAGCUACUCACCAACCUGCUGUGACCUUGUGGAGGUAGCACUUGGAGCCUUCCAAGAGCAACAUACCUGACCGUCUUUUUCUUCUGUCUCUU